ACCUCUUCACCAGUUCAUCCUAAUUGAUCCGGAUGACUUGAUUACGGGCACCUACUUCAUUUACAUACCACCCUCCACAGUUGAUAGCUUGACAGUUGGAUCCGAACACCGUCCAUCUCCCCAUUCUUCCUCAUGUCGUGGAUGUUUGGGUCCAAGUUCCGUCCGCUUAAGCAGGCUUGCGCCAUCUGCAUCCGCCAUUCUUCGACAUCGAAUCGCCUUCUAUCCCGACCUAUUCCACCCCCUACGCCAUUCGUACCCGAUGUCGCAACCUUCCUAAAAGUCAUCGGUCGGAACCUGUCCGCUCACUCAUCACGAAUCCCGUCAUGGGAUGCCCUUUUUACCUACUCCUCUUCCCAGCUUCGCGCUUCUGGGAUUGAGCCCGCAAGGAAGCGGAAAUAUCUGCUUUGGUGGAGAGAGCGCUUUCGACAAGGCCGGUACGGUGUCGGAGGCGAUUCCAAAUGGGUUGGCGAGGAUGGCGAAGCACAUUUGCGGGUGUUCGAAGUCCCCAUGCCCCCCGAAUGGCAAUCCAAAGACUCAGCGCUCGCCACGGCCACCCGCACGGCUGGUAUGAGGAAGAUCGCAGUGAAUGUACCUUUUGGGACGGCGGACCAGGAUACGUGCCCGGUUCCACUGGAGGAAGCUCCGCCAGUCGCCUUGACGAAAGUUCGAGGAGCUCAUACCAUCUCUGGCCCGUUCGUGGAGCCCUUAAAAGGAACACAAGGCAUGGGUGCCCGAUUAAAGGUGCAAGAAGGCCUAUGGGAAGUCAAACAAGGCAGGAAGGUGGAUGGUGGAGAGCGGAGGAAGGCCGAAGUACGAGCCAAACGGAGGGCUGCAGAACGAAAGGCGGCUGGACGUUGAAUUAAGCGACAACGUAUCGAGUACAGUUGAAGGAUAGGUUGCCUUGCAAUGAAGCGAGAGCAUUUCAAAGGCGCAUGGUUAGUUUGUAUAACAGGCAUAUUCGGGAUUAGUCACGUCUACUUGUCAUUGUCGGGACUGCAAGUAGGUUAAUAGAUUCCGGUUGAACUCCUAUAUAGCGACAGCGCUAUACAAUUGAGAUUAAGGUUGAUUGCUGCCCUAUAGACAUUGAUAGAUGAGGCGCGUUCCCAGAUCUAUGUCCAGAGUUUCUGAACCCAAGAGAUA